AUGGGGCCACUUGAGAAAAGACAAGCAUUCUGGGAGCGACUCGAGCUCUUUUGGCCGAAGGAAAAAGUUGAUCAGUGGCGCAGGAUUCUCGAUACUCCCGAAGGCACCGGGAGCCUAGUAAACACGCUGACGAUGAAUACCUUGGCCCACAAAGCCUGGGGUGAAGCCCUGUUUGCGCUGAAGCAUGUCAAAACCAGUGCUAGGGAGGAUAAAAUACAUCUCCAGUUUUACUGGUUGAAACCUCAGAAAGAUAUUCCUACUUCGCUGACCAAGGAUGACUUCUUAAAGAGGCCAUGUCUUCCAUCAGACGAAUGUUCAGGGGAAGAUCUUUUGAACUUUCACAAUGUCAAGACGUUGCAACCUAUCAGAUCAGGUGAUGUUAUUACCAUGGGAUCGUAUUUUCCGAGUGUGAAGCCUCUUCCUUCAAAAGAGCUCAUCGAGUUGCAAUGGUAUCUGCAUCGCAUUGUGGCCCUAUCAGCAGCAGCUACUGAAGAUGAGCUCAAACCACCGGAAGAGUAUUACUACGAAUCUGAUACCUCUGAUUCUCUAUAUGAGUAUAGUUGA